AUGCACCCCUCCCCGUCUACUCCCACCAAGACAUCUCAUGUACCCUCUCCCCGUCUACUCUCACCGAGACAUCUCAUGGACCCUCUCCCCGUCAACUCCCUCCAAGACAUCUCAUGCACCCCUCCCUGUCUACUCUCAACAAGACAUCUCAUGUACCCUCUCCCCGUCUACUCCCACCAAGACAUCUCAUGCACCCUCUCCCCAUCUACUCCCACCAAGACAUCUCAUGCACCCUCUCCCUGUCUACUCCCACCAAGACAUCUCAUGUACCCUCUCCCCGUCUACUCUCACCUAGACAUCUCAUGCACCCCUCCCCGUCUACUCCCACCAAGACAUCUCAUGUACCCUCUCCCCGUCUACUCUCACCGAGACAUCUCAUGGACCCUCUCCCCGUCAACUCCCUCCAAGACAUCUCAUGCACCCCUCCCUGUCUACUCUCAACAAGACAUCUCAUGUACCCUCUCCCCGUCUACUCCCACCAAGACAUCUCAUGCACCCUCUCCCCAUCUACUCCCACCAAGACAUCUCAUGCACCCUCUCCCUGUCUACUCCCACCAAGACAUCUCAUGUACCCCUCCCCGUCUACUCCCACCAAGACAUCUCAUGCACCCUCUCCCCGUCUACUCCCACCAAGACAUCUCAUGCACCCUCUCCCCGUCUACUCCCUCCAAGACAUCUCAUGUACCCUCUCCCCGUCUACUCCCACCAAGACAUCUCAUGUACCCUCUCCCCGUCUACUCCCACCAAGACAUCUCAUGUACCCUCUCCCCGUCUACUCCCACCAAGACAUCUCAUGCACCCUCUCCCUGUCUACUCCCACCAAGACAUCUCAUGUACCCCUCCCCGUCUACUCCCACCAAGACAUCUCAUGUACCCUCUCCCCGUCUACUCCCACCAAGACAUCUCAUGCACCCUCUCCCCGUCUACUCCCACCAAGACAUCUCAUGUACCCUCUCCCUGUCUACUCCCACCAAGACAUCUCAUGUACCCUCUCCCCGUCUACUCCCACCAAGACAUCUCAUGCACCCUCUCCCCGUCUACUCUCACCGAGACAUCUCAUGCACCCUUUCCCUGUCUACUCCCACCAAGACAUCUCAUGCACCCUCUCCCGUCUACUCCCACCAAGACAUCUCAUGCACCCCUCCCCGUCUUCUCCCACCAAGACAUCUCAUGUACGCCUCCCCGUCUACUCCCUCCAAGACAUCUCAUGUACCCUCUCCCCGUCUACUCCCUCCAAGACAUCUCAUGUACCCCUCCCCGUCUACUCCCUCCAAGACAUCUCAUGUACCCCUCCCCGUCUACUCCCUCCAAGACAUCUCAUGCACCCCCUCCCCGUCUACUCCUAGACAAGACAUCUCAUGUACCCUCUCCCCGUCUACUCCCACCAAGACAUCUCAUGCACCCUCUCCCGUCUACUCCCUCCAAGACAUCUCAUGUACCCUCUCCCCGUCUACUCCCACCAAGACAUCUCAUGUACCCUCUCCCCGUCUACUCCCACCAAGACAUCUCAUGUACCCUCUCCCCGUCUACUCCCACCAAGACAUCUCAUGCACCCUCUCCCUGUCUACUCCCACCAAGACAUCUCAUGUACCCCUCCCCGUCUACUCCCACCAAGACAUCUCAUGUACCCUCUCCCCGUCUACUCCCACCAAGACAUCUCAUGCACCCUCUCCCCGUCUACUCCCACCAAGACAUCUCAUGUACCCUCUCCCCGUCUACUCCCACCAAGACAUCUCAUGUACCCUCUCCCUGUCUACUCCCACCAAGACAUCUCAUGUACCCUCUCCCCGUCUACUCCCACCAAGACAUCUCAUGCACCCUCUCCCUGUCUACUCCCACCAAGACAUCUCAUGUACCCCUCCCCGUCUACUCCCACCAAGACAUCUCAUGUACCCUCUCCCCGUCUACUCCCACCAAGACAUCUCAUGUACCCUCUCCCCGUCUACUCCCACCAAGACAUCUCAUGCACCCUCUCCCCGUCUACUCCCACCAAGACAUCUCAUGGACCCUCUCCCGUCUACUCCCACCAAGACAUCGCAUGUACCCCUACCCGUCUACUCCCACCAAGACAUCUCAUGUACCCUCUCCCGUCUACUCUCACCAAGACAUCUCAUGUACCCUCUCCCCGUCUACUCUCACCUAGACAUCUCAUGCACCCCUCCCCGUCUACUCCCACCAAGACAUCUCAUGUACCCUCUCCCCGUCUACUCUCACCGAGACAUCUCAUGGACCCUCUCCCCGUCAACUCCCUCCAAGACAUCUCAUGCACCCCUCCCUGUCUACUCUCAACAAGACAUCUCAUGUACCCUCUCCCCGUCUACUCCCACCAAGACAUCUCAUGCACCCUCUCCCCAUCUACUCCCACCAAGACAUCUCAUGCACCCUCUCCUUGUCUACUCCCACCAAGACAUCUCAUGCACCCUCUCCCUGUCUACUCCCACCAAGACAUCUCAUGUACCCCUCCCCGUCUACUCCCACCAAGACAUCUCAUGCACCCUCUCCCCGUCUACUCCCACCAAGACAUCUCAUGUACCCCUCCCCGUCUACUCCCACCAAGACAUCUCAUGUACCCUCUCCCUGUCUACUCCCACCAAGACAUCUCAUGUACCCCUCCCCGUCUACUCCCACCAAGACAUCUCAUGCACCCUCUCCCUGUCUACUCCCACCAAGACAUCUCAUGUACCCCUCCCCGUCUACUCCCACCAAGACAUCUCAUGUACCCUCUCCCCGUCUACUCCCACCAAGACAUCUCAUGUACCCUCUCCCCGUCUACUCUCAACAAGACAUCUCAUGUACCCUCUCCCCGUCUACUCUCAACAAGACAUCUCAUGUACCCCUCCCCGUCUACUCUCAACAAGGCAUCUCAUGUACCCUCUCCCCGUCUACUCUCAACAAGACAUCUCAUGUACCCCUCCCCGUCUACUCCCACCAAGACAUCUCAUGUACCCUCUCCCCGUCUACUCUCAACAAGACAUCUCAUGCACCCUCUCCCUGUCUACUCUCAACAAGACAUCUCAUGUACCCCUCCCCGUCUACUCUCAACAAGACAUCUCAUGUACCCUCUCCCCGUCUACUCUCAACAAGACAUCUCAUGUACCCUCUCCCCGUCUACUCCCACCAAGACAUAUCAUGUACCCUCUCCCCGUCUACUCCCACCAAGACAUCUCAUGCACCCUCUCCCCGUCUACUCCCACCAAGACAUCUCAUGCACCCUCUCCCCGUCUACUCCCACCAAGACAUCUCAUGUACCCUCUCCCCGUCUACUCCCACCAAGACAUCUCAUGCACCCUCUCCCCGUCUACUCCCACCAAGACAUCUUAUGGACCCUCUCCCCGUCAACUCCCUCCAAGACAUCUCAUGUACCCUCUCCCCGUCUACUCCCACCAAGACAUCUCAUGUACCCCUCCCCGUCUACUCCGUCCAAGACAUCUCAUGUACCCUCUCCCCGUCUACUCCCACCAAGACAUCUCAUGCACCCUUAACCCAACACUUGCAGCUCAAUUUCAAAAUAAGCCCCCUUCACAUAAAUUGUCCAGAUUACGUAUCAAAGAGAACCACUGUAUUCGACAAUCAAAGGCAUACGUGUUGACAACGUGGAGAUCGAGUGUUUUAUGUUUAUUUUAUUGUUUUGUUAGGUUAUAUGUCGUUUAA